AUGUGUGGUAUUUUUGGAUACUGUAAUUUCCUCGUUGAGAGAUCAAGAGGUGAGAUUAUUGAUACAUUAGUAGAAGGUUUAGAACGUCUAGAAUAUAGAGGUUAUGACUCCACUGGUAUUGCUAUUGACGGUGAUGAAUUAGACUCCACCAUGAUCUUUAGACAAAUUGGUAAGGUUGCUGCCUUAAAAGAAGAAAUUAAGAAGCAGAAUCCAAAUAGAGACGUCACUUUUGUUUCUCAUUGUGGUAUUGCUCAUACAAGAUGGGCUACUCAUGGGGAACCAAAACAAGUUAAUUGUCAUCCACAAAGAUCUGAUCCUUUGAAUUCAUUUGUCAUUGUUCAUAAUGGUAUUAUUACCAAUUUCAGAGAAUUAAGAACUCUAUUGGUUAAUAAGGGUUUUAAGUUCGAAAGUGAUACUGAUACAGAAUGUAUUGCUAAAUUGUUCAAACAUUUAUAUGACACAAAUUUACAAAAUGGUAAUGAAUUAGAUUUCCAUGAACUAACCAAAUUGGUCCUUUUGGAAUUAGAAGGUUCAUAUGGGUUGCUAUGUAAGUCUAUUCAUUAUCCAAAUGAAGUUAUUGCCACAAGAAAGGGUUCUCCAUUAUUAAUUGGUGUUAAAUCAGAAAAAAAACUGAAAGUGGAUUUUGUUGAUGUUGAAUUCCCAGAUGAUAAUAAUUUAGGUAAACCAGAAACUCCAUUGGGUUCUGCAACGGAUUCUACUGUUGAUGGUAUAACCGUAAAUGGUAAAAAGCAUCCACGUUCUUACGGUGUUGAUGAGGCACAAAGCUCUAACCUUCUCCCAAUAGCCGCAAAUGAAUUCAAUUUGAGACAUUCACAAUCAAGAGCUUUCUUAUCUGAAGACGGUACUCCAAAUCCAGUUGAAUUCUUCUUAUCUUCCGAUGCCGCCUCAGUUAUUAAGCAUACCAAAAAGGUGUUAUUCUUAGAAGAUGAUGAUAUUGCUCAUAUUUAUGACGGAGAAUUACACAUCCAUAGAUCAAGAAGAGAAGUGGGUGCCUCCAUGACAAGAUCUAUUCAAACUUUAGAGAUGGAACUAGCACAAAUUAUGAAAGGACCAUACAAGCAUUUUAUGCAAAAGGAAAUUUAUGAGCAACCAGAAUCUACAUUAAAUACUAUGAGAGGUAGAAUUGAUUUUGAAAAUAAUACUUUGAUGUUAGGUGGGUUAAAGGCUUGGUUACCUGCUAUUAGAAGAGCUCGUAGAUUGAUAAUGAUAGCAUGUGGUACGUCGUAUCAUUCUUGCUUAGCUACACGUGCAAUUUUUGAAGAAUUAUCUGAAAUUCCAGUCAGUGUAGAAUUAGCUUCUGAUUUCCUUGAUAGAAAAUCACCUGUGUUUAGAGAUGAUAUAUGUGUUUUCGUUUCACAAAGUGGUGAAACUGCUGAUACAAUGUUAGCAUUGAAUUAUUGUUUGGAGAGAGGAGCUUUGACUGUUGGUAUUGUCAACAGUGUUGGUUCAUCGUUAUCAAGGGCAACACAUUGUGGUGUUCAUAUUAAUGCUGGUCCAGAAAUUGGAGUUGCCUCAACCAAGGCGUACACAUCUCAAUAUAUUGCACUUGUAAUGUUUGCCUUAAGCUUAUCAGAUGAUAGGCUAUCGAAGCUAGAGAGAAGAAAAGAUAUUAUUCAAGGUUUAAAGUUGAUCCCAGGACAAAUUAAACAGGUACUACAAUUGGAAAAGAAAAUCAAGAAAUUGUGUGAAAACGAAUUGAAAGAUCAAAAAUCAUUACUUCUACUAGGUAGAGGUUAUCAAUUUGCUUCUGCUUUAGAAGGUGCUUUGAAGAUAAAAGAAAUUUCAUAUAUGCAUUCAGAAGGUGUCCUAGCAGGUGAACUAAAACAUGGUGUUUUGGCGUUAGUUGAUGAAAAUUUACCAAUCAUUGCUUUUGGUACAAGAGAUUCUUUGUUCCCUAAAGUCGUUUCAUCAAUUGAACAAGUUACCGCAAGAAAAGGUCAUCCAAUUGUUAUUUGUAACGAAAAUGAUGAAGUUUGGGCAAAGAAGGCGGAGAGCAUUCAUUUGGUCACCUUAGAAGUCCCACAGACUGUUGAUUGUUUGCAAGGGUUAUUAAAUAUCAUCCCAUUACAGUUGAUGUCCUAUUGGUUAGCUGUUAAUAAAGGUAUUGAUGUUGAUUUCCCAAGGAAUCUUGCAAAGUCUGUAACGGUUGAAUAG